UACAACACAGAGUCAACAGGCUGUUCGGGUAGCAGACGGAACAUCACUACGACUGGAUAACAAAAACAAACUAGAGGGUCAACACACUGUGGACACUUAGACAACUGUUUUUCACAUGAGAGGCCUUUUUAGAAACAUACUUUUUAUUAUUCUUAACACAGAUUUUUACCGGCUUGGGAUGUGACUUUCAGUGUAGAUUUUGCGCCCAGGCGGAGCACUAUUUUCCCGGACAGAUUUAUCUUGUGUUCGCUCACAUUUCAAAGGCGAAGUUGCUACUUUUGAGGGGCGACAGGUUCGUCACAUUUACAUGACAUUGUAACACUUGGCUCCGUCACUUUUCGACCAUGGCGGAAGCGGCCCAGCAGCCACACCUGGUGGAAAUCGACCCGGAAUUUGAGCCCCUGUCGCGGCCCCGGUCGUGCACUUGGCCCUUGCCCCGGCCGGAGUUCAUCAACCCCGGUGACUCCAACACGUCCUCGCCGGUACCGUCUGUGAAGCAGGAGCCCUCCGGCAACGCCGAGUUCAUCAACAACCUUAGUCUGCUAGAGGAGACCGAGGACUUUACGGAGCAGAAGCCUGUCAUCCUGUGCACUGAUUUCCAGUGUCAGGAGAGUUGCGUCCACCAGCCACCCACACCGCAGCAGCAGCAGCAACAUCAACAGCAUCAGCAGCAACAUCAGCAGCACCCGAACCCGCAACUCCCGCAUCAUCAUCAUCAUCAUCAUCACCAGCAGCCGCAGCAGCAGCAGCAGCAACAGCAGGUGCCUCUGCUGUCCUCCCCGGUCGGCUCGUCGUCCACGGCGGCCGCAGCUGCCGCCGCUGCCCAGAGGAAGAGCAGCUCUUCCCGACGAAACGCAUGGGGGAAUAUGUCUUAUGCAGACCUCAUAACCAAAGCUAUCGAAAGUUCUCCAGAGAACCGACUAACUCUGUCUCAGAUUUAUGACUGGAUGGUGAAGAGUGUGCCUUAUUUUAAGGACAAAGGAGACAGCAAUAGCUCUGCAGGCUGGAAGAACUCCAUUAGGCACAACCUGUCGCUGCAUAGCCGCUUUGUUCGCGUCCAGAAUGAGGGGACUGGGAAGAGCUCUUGGUGGAUGCUAAACCCAGAGGGCGGGAAGAGUGGCAAGUCCCCGCGACGCAGGGCAGUCUCCAUGGACAACAACAGCAAGUUCACCAAGAGCAGAGGAAGAGCAGCUAAGAAAAAGCUGUCCCUGCAGGGUGGCCCUGAGGGAGGCGCAGACAGUCCAGGAUCACACUCCAAGUGGCCUGGCAGCCCCAACUCCCACAGCAACGACGACUUUGAUGCGUGGAACAGCUUCAGGCCUCGGACCAGCUCCAAUGCCAGCACUCUGAGUGGCCGCCUCUCACCCUUCAUGCCCGAGGAUGACCUCGGUGAGGCAGACGUGCAUAUGGGCUACCCAGGAGCCCCCGGGACCAAGAUGACAGCCACGCUGCCCAGUCUCACAGAGAUGACGGGCUCUCUGGGACACAGUUCUGAGAAUGUCAUGGAGAACCUUCUGGACAACCUGAACUUGCUCUCACCCAACAACUCUCAGGUUGGAGGAGGAGCCACGACCCCAGGCUCCUCCCAGUCCUCCCCCUCUCCUAUGAUGCAGCCAAGCCCUGGGUAUCCUGCUUACAGCUCCCCUAGCAUGGCCUCACAGUCCCAGCAGGAGUACCGCAAGUGUGUGUAUGGCCAAGCAGGGAUGAACACCCUGUCUCCCAUGUCUCUGCAGACACUGCCAGAGAGUAAGCCAAGCUUUGGGCCCAGUAUGGGCCAGUACAGCUGCCCUGCGGGGCUUUUGAAGGAGCUGCUGACAUCAGAUACAGACCAGCAUGGAGAGCUCAUGCCGUCAGUGGACACUGUGGUUUCUCAGUCUAGCGGAGGCUGCAUGCUGCCGCCAUACAGCAGCAGCCAGCAUACAGCUAAACUCAUGGGAGGAGGUAACGGUCACCCGCAUAGUCUCUCUCACACUCACCCCCACAAUGUGCACAGCCAAGCCCCGGCCCCGUCACCAGCUAUGAAUGGCCGCUUGCUCAUGUCCCUGAGCCACAGCGGGGGCACCACGCGUUUGCCUACAGCCAAAAGCCCUAUGCAGAUGCCUUAUGGUUUCUCCAGCCACCUCAGCGGAGGAGGUAUGCCUGGUGGCUUCUGCCCUCUCAACACCAACGGAUAUGGACGACCGGGCCUGCCACAGCCCUUGCACCCAGAGAAGCUGCCCAGUGACCUGGACGACAUGUCCAUCGAGAAGUUUGAGUUUGACAUGGAGACAGUCCUCCACGAAACUCUGAUGGACGGGGACUCGCUGGACUUCAACUUUGAGCCAAUGGUGACCCAACAAGGUUUCUCCCAUGGAGUGAAGACCACAACGCACAGCUGGGUGUCAGGGUAGAAACUGUAGAGCGGAAAAAGUUCUUGUUAACUGACUUCUUGUUGUUGUUGCUGUUUGGUAAAAGACAUGAUAUGUAUCUUAGGAUGUCUUAGGAUCACAAAAUAUGUAUCUUAGGAUGUAAUUCUCAUCCCAACUUCACCUGUAGUUUCUGUACCAUCAACAUUUCUGUUUCAAAAAUACUUUGCGGAUCACUUCAGCAGACUGAGACUGAUCGCAAGCUGGGCAAGCAUCUCCAUUACAGUCCCUGAACUGGUGAAGAUGUAAUCAGAAUUGUUUUUGAAAUAUCAAACAUUCUGUACAAACUAAGUGCCAAACAUUUUGCCUUAAUGUACGAGCCAAACUGAAACACACCUCUAUGGUUUACUCACCAAGGUUACAAAUCCUAUACAGUUUUUGUGUCUGCGAUUUUUGCAAGUGACAAUGCCAACAACAUCUCAUCAGCAGCAGCAGCAGCACAAUCUGUAGAAGUGCACAAACUCAUACCAUUCUUUUUACUGUGUUUCCACAAUCAAACAUUUUGUAUUUACAGUGUAGUGAUAAUUGAUUACCACUACACAAGAAUGCUGAAAGGUAAUCUGGCUCAUGGGUUUGUGGACUGACAUGAUGUAAAGUGAGAGACAUCUCAAUGGAUCCUUGGAUUAUGUUAUAUAAUAAUUUACUUUGUUAUUGCCUGAAUGUACAUAAUGUCAUCAUACAAUUUGUAAAAUCAGGUCUCGUAGUGUAUUUUCUAAGGCUGUAAAUAGUGUUUACAGAGCGGAAGCAAAAAUCAAGGCAGCAGAAAUGAGCUAACAGAGAAAACUGGAUGAGAUUCUUUUAAACAAACUUCGAGUAGACAGAUCUGUGCUUGAGGAUUCUUCUCAGACAGGCUGUAAGAUGGUAAUACACUUUCUGAUUUCUUGUACAUACAUUAAGAAUGUAUAUUAAAAUGAUAGAGUAGACGUUUCCUAGAUUUAGAAUAUAUUUGAGACUAAAUUAUUUGUGCUUGAUAUAGAUUUAUGCUGGUGCAUAACCUGCACUCAGACAUCAGAAUUGUUCUGAGUCAUUUGUCACUCUGAACCUUAAUACCACAGGGGCCUAUUUAUUGUGCCUAACAAAGUAGUUUUUGACUGCAGGCUUGAAGGGUUUUAUAUUGUAAAUGUCUACGGUCCAGAAGAAACUCAAAUCCAGCAGUUUUGAAGAAAAAUGCAGUGAAUUCCUUAUUUUUAGUUCCCUGAGUUCACUUUUCUUUAGAAGUCGAGAAAAAAAGAGUGACUGUAGAUUGUUAUUGGUAGGCUUUCCUGAAUGCUUUGCAGCGCUGUGAAUGUUAAGAGGUCAAGGCAGGUUGGUGGAUAAAAUAUAUUCUCAGUGCUACUGUUGUUUUCACACCAAGGCUGAGUCCAAGACAUGCCAGAGAUUGUCAUUAAAGACACUGUGAGUAAUCAGCCUGUCCCCCUAUUCAGCGUUGUCUCAAAAGGUUAGUGUGACAGAUUUAAAUUCCUUUUGUCCAAAAGAGCCAUCCGAUGUUGUCAAUAGGAUCAGCUUUUACUGCUUUUAAUGAGACUCCACUUUCUCUCUGCCCCUCCUACCUCUACCUAUCUCUGUCUUUAUAAACAUUUGAUAUAACGGUAACAUGUGACUUGAUAGCUCCAAUAAUCUUUUUAAUAACAAGUCUAUUUUAUUUAUUUUUUAAAGUUGCCCCUGAAAAGUGCCACUAAGUGUUAAGUAUCUUAUCUAGCUUGUAUAUUUGCAUUUUCUGACUUGCUUUUCCUACUUAUUGCUGUACUAACAAUGAGCUUGUCAGCCUGUCAGUGACUUAUUAAGCAGAGUCACAAAUAUUGUAAAAGAUCGUGGCUACCUUUGUGAAGACGGUGUCUGUAAACAUGACUGCUUCUCAUGAAGUCGACUGGUUCGGUGACUGAAAGACCAAGUGGCUUAGAGAUAACAAACUAAACUAAAAAACUGCCUAUUUGACAUUAAAGUUUAUUUUAUGGUUUAUCAAGAAACCACAUGUAUCAGUGGGUAUCUGAUCAUGUGUUGUCAAGGGCGCUGAUUAUGCAGGUUUUUAUUUAUGGCAUACUAGUAAUGAGUUCACCUCUAACCGGAGUGGGAAGAUCUUUAAUUAGUAUUGGGGUUUGGUUGAAAUGAAAACUUGCAUACUCCAGGCCAGUAAAGGCACGUGAUCUGAGACCCCUGACAUAGAUUUUAAACAAGCCAGGGAGCAGGGCAAGUUUAAAAAAAAUUAAAUUAAAUUUUUAACAUUUCAAAAGGCCCUGCAGAGAAACCGCUAAAGAAGCUGCUGUUUGGCUUUGGUGCCAGGUGUUGCCUUUUAUACCCAAACAUGCCAUAGUGUACUAUAGCCACAUUUGCCUUUGAAGUCAAAGUGAUAUAUUUCGCAUUUUUAUUAUGUGAUAUGUUCAGAAUUAUAUAUAUUUGUGCCGGUCACUCAAAUCAGGAUGAACUGUAAUGAAUCCAUGUAGUCAAUGUCACAGGAUUCACUCUAAAAGUAAAAGAGUUGUACUAAGUAAAUUAUAUCUCUACAUUUUUAAAUGAUUGAAUCUAUGCAUUGUAUUCAUUGAUUUUAUGUUGCUAUAGUUAUAUUAUCUUUUUCUUUGAACUUAUGACAGAGAUAUUUUAUUGUAACAUAGCGCUGUGAGAUAUUAUGGUGUUGUUGUUGUCAAAACUCUAUGUUCCAGAUAGUUAUAUGGGAAAAAAAUGAAGUUUAUUUAGUAAAUAGAUGAUGCAGUGAUUAAUAUGCUAAGCUUUUGUAAACUGACAAUGUUGUAUUUCUUGUUACAGUUACAGUUUUUAGAAAAUAGCAUCAAAAAGCAAAUUACAGAAAAAAUAUAUGUUGCAUUUUUAAAAUGAAAAACACAAUAUUAUUUAGUGUGUCAGAGAAGUCCUGCUCAGAAUGCAGAUUCUGGACCAAUUUUUAUAAUUUUAUGAGUAGAAAGAUAUUGCACUUUUACUUACAUUUUAUAACUAAGUGCCCCUCGUAACAAGAGGAAGAGUUCCCAUUACAUAUUUUAAGAUAAAAAUCUGUUACAUUUAACUUAUAUACAGGAAGAAAUUGGAAUUGUGCUGUGUGAUUUGCAAUCAAUUAGAAUAUGUAACUUGUUCAAUAUUAAUGUAUUAAGACCUGAAUAAAUGUACUUCUGUGUUAAA